AUGUUCCACUCAGGUCGAAUGUGGAGCUACCAUUGGAAAUGGAAGCCAAGUCCUCUUCUAUUCUUAUUUGCUUUAUGUAUCAUGUAUGUUCCUCACUCAGUGUGGGGAUGUGCCAACUGCAGGCUUGUCCUGUCCAACCCUUCUGGGACCUUUACUUCUCCGUGCUACCCUAACGACUACCCUAACAGCCAGUCUUGCAUGUGGACCCUCCGAGCCCCCACCGGCUACAUCAUUCAGAUAACAUUUAAUGACUUCGACAUUGAAGAGGCUCCCAAUUGCAUUUAUGACUCAUUAUCCCUUGAUAAUGGAGAAAGCCAGACUAAAUUUUGUGGAGCAACUGCCAAAGGCCUAUCAUUUAACUCAAGUGCGAAUGAGAUGCAUGUGUCCUUUUCAAGUGACUUUAGCAUCCAGAAGAAAGGUUUCAAUGCCAGCUACAUCAGAGUUGCUGUGUCCUUAAGGAAUCAAAAGGUCAUUCUACCCCAGACGCUAGAUGCUUACCAAGUGUCUGUUGCAAAAAGUGUCUCCAUUCCAGAGCUCAGUGCUUUCACACUCUGCUUUGAAGCAACCAAGGUUGGCCAUGAAGACCAUGACUGGAUAGCUUUCUCCUACUCAGAUGCAUCCUUCACACAAUUGCUAAGUUUUGGAAAGGACAAGAGUGGCUACUUCCUAUCUAUUUCUGGUUCAAAAUGCUUGCUGAACAGGGUGUUACCUGUCAAGGAAAAAGAAGACAUUUUCACAGAGAGCUUUGAGCAGCUCUGCAUCAUUUGGAAUAAUUCUUUGGGCUCUGUUGGUGUAAAUUUCAAAAGAAACUAUGAAACAGUUCCAUGUGAUUCUACCAUUAGUAAAGUUAUUCCUGGUAAUGGGAAGUUGUUGUUGGGCUCCAAUCAAAAUGAAAUUGCCUCUCUAAAAGGGGACAUUUAUAACUUUCGCCUUUGGAAUUUUACCAUGAAUUCCAAAAUCCUCUCCAACCUCAGCUGUAAUGUGAAAGGGAAUGUGGUCGACUGGCAAAAUGACUUCUGGAGUAUCCCGACCCUGGCUCUGAAAGCUGAAAGCAACCUAAGCUGUGGUUCCUACCUAAUCCCACUCCCAGUGGCUGAACUAGCCAACUGUGCAGAUCUGGGGACCCUCUGCCAAGAUGGAAUUAUCUAUAGAAUAUCUUUAGUGAUUCAAAACAUCCUUCAUCACCCUGAGGUAAAAGUACAGAGCAAGGUGGCAGAAUGGCUCAAUUCAACCUUCCAGAAUUGGAACUACACUGUUUAUGUGGUUAAUAUCAGUUUUCACCUGAGCACUGGAGAGGACAAGAUUAAAGUCAAGAGAAGCAUUGUGAAUGAUCAAAGGUUGGUGAUUUGGGCCCUUCUAGUUUACAAUGCUACCAACAAUGCCAACUUAGAAGGAAAAAUCAUUCAGCAGAAACUCUUAAAAAACAAUGAGUCCCUGGAUGAGGGUUUGAGAUUAUAUACAGUGAAUGUGAGGCAACUGGGUAUAUGUGCUGCCGUGGAGGAACCCAAAGGCUUUCACUGGCCAGCCAUUGCACCUUCUGAGUAUAGCCUUCCUUGUCCAGACAAGCCUGGCUUUUUUGCUUCACGGAUAUGUUAUCACAACUCUGCCAACACAUCUUUAGCCUACUGGGGGCUCCCUGACAUCUCCAACUGUUCAAGGGAAGCAAAUGAAGUUGCCAGUCAAAUUUUAAAUUUAACUGCUGAUGGUCAGAACUUAACCUCAGCCAACAUUACCAGCAUUGUAGAACAAGUCAAAAGAAUUGUAAAUAAAGAAGAAAACAUAGAUAUAACACUUGGUUCAACUCUAAUGAAUAUAUUUUCUAAUAUAUUAAGCAGUUCAGAUAGUGACUUGCUUGAGUCUUCUUCUGAAGCUUUAAAAACAAUUGACGAAUUGGCCUUCAAGAUAGACCUAAAUAGCACACCACGUGUGAAUAUUACAACUCGGAAUUUGGCUCUUGGUGUAUCAUCCCUGUCCUCAGGGACAAAUGCAAUUUCAAAUUUUAGCAUUGGUCUUCCAAGCAAUAAUGAAUCAUAUUUCCAGAUGGAUUUUGAGAGUGGACAAGUGGAUUCACUGGCUUCUGUAAUUUUGCCUCCAAAUUUACUCGAGAAUUUAAGUCAAGAAGAUUCUGUAUUAGUAAGAAGAGCACAGUUUACUUUCUUCAACAAAACUGGACUUUUCCAGGAUGUAGGACCCCAGAGAAAAACCUUAGUGAGCUAUGUGAUGGCCUGUAGUAUUGGAAACAUUACCAUCCAGGGUCUGAAGGACCCUGUGCAAAUUAAAAUCAAACACACAAGAACUCAGGAAGUGCAUCAUCCCAUCUGUGCCUUUUGGGAUCUGAACAAAAACAAAAGUUUCGGAGGAUGGAACACGUCAGGGUGUAUUGCACACAGAGACUCAGAUGCGGGCGAGACAGUCUGUCUGUGUAGCCACUUUACACACUUUGGAGUUCUCAUGGACCUUCCAAGAAGUGCCUCACAGAUAGAUGCAAGAAACACUAAAGUCCUUACUUUCAUCACCUAUAUUGGGUGUGGAAUAUCUGCUAUUUUUUCAGCAGCAACUCUCCUGACAUAUGUUGCUUUUGAAAAAUUGCGCAGGGAUUAUCCCUCCAAAAUCUUGAUGAACCUCAGUACAGCCCUGUUGUUCCUGAAUCUCAUAUUUCUCCUGGAUGGCUGGAUCACCUCAUUUGAUGUGGCUGGACUUUGCACCGCAGCCGCUGCUCUCCUGCACUUUUUCCUUCUGGCAACCUUCACCUGGAUGGGGCUAGAAGCAAUUCACAUGUACAUUGCCCUAGUUAAAGUAUUUAACACUUACAUUCGCCGGUAUAUUCUGAAAUUCUGCAUCAUUGGCUGGGGUUUGCCUGCCUUAGUGGUGUCAGUUGUUCUAGCCAGCAGAAACCAAAACGAAGUCUACGGAAAAGAAAGUUAUGGAAAAGAACAAGGUGAUGAAUUCUGUUGGAUUCGUGAUCCAGUCAUAUUUUAUGUGACCUGUGCUGGGUAUUUUGGAGUUAUGUUUUUCCUGAAUGUUGCCAUGUUCAUUGUGGUAAUGGUGCAGAUCUGUGGGAGGAACGGCAAGAGAAGCAACCGAACCCUUCGAGAAGAGGUUUUAAGGAACCUGCGCAGUGUGGUUAGCCUGACCUUUCUUCUGGGCAUGACGUGGGGUUUUGCUUUCUUUGCCUGGGGACCUUUAAACGUCCCUUUCAUGUACCUCUUCUCCAUCUUCAAUUCAUUACAAGGUUUAUUUAUAUUUAUCUUCCAUUGUGCUAUGAAGGAGAAUGUUCAGAAGCAGUGGAGGCGACAUCUCUGCUGUGGUAGAUUUCGGUUGGCAGACAACUCAGACUGGAGUAAGACCGCUACCAAUAUUAUCAAGAAAAGUUCUGAUAAUCUAGGAAAGUCUUUGUCUUCAAGCUCCAUUGGUUCCAACUCAACCUAUCUUACGUCCAAAUCUAAAUCUGGCUCUACCACCUAUUUCAAAAGGAAUAGCCACACAGAAAAUGCUUCCAUGGACAAGUCCUUGUCAAAACUGACCCAUGCUGAUGGAGAACAAACAUCAAUCAUCCCUGUGCAUCAGGUCAUUGAUAAGGUCAAGGGUUAUUGCAAUGCUCAUUCAGAUAACUUCUAUAAAAAUAUUAUCAUGUCGGACACCUUCAGCCACAGCACAAAGUUUUAAUGUUUUUAAUAUAAGAAAAAGGAAUCAGUCUGCAGAAAUUGAAGAUCUACAAGCAAUGAAAACUACAGCUAGCAGAUGUAAAUGUGUUAUUACCUAGGUAACUGCAUAUAUGUGGGGAAAGUAUUUUAAGGAGGCUUUUGUGAAAUUCAGAAUUUAUCUUUUUAGUUUCCUCCAUGGAGGAGUUUCCAUCAUUACUAAAACUUCAGUACUGAAAGCAAUGUGACUCAGUAGCCACAGGAGAUUUUUAAAAAUAUAUAAUUGAAUCAGGCUAAUCAGAACUCAGGAGGAGACAUUAAAAUUGGAGAACAAGAGAGAGACAAAGCUAAGGACAAAACCUAGCGUAGAGCUCAUUUAUACACCACCUAAUGGUUAGGUUUGGAUGUUACCAUUUUAUACAUCAUCUUUCUCAACAAUAAAAAGCAUACUAAUAUUUGUAACUAUUCUGAAUGCCCACAAGUUCCCUCCGGGUGUUACUUUCUAUGAAUACAGUAGCUUUUUGUUUUGUCAAUGAAAUUUUAAUCACAUAUAGAAAAGAAUGUUUAAUGUUUGACCCCAAAAUUAAAAAGGAUUUUUUUUCUUAUUAUAUCAAAUGUUUAACUG